AUACUCCCGAGUGAUAAAAUCGUUGUACCACCAAUUGUCCCAGAAAACCUCCCUGUUAUACCCUUAAGUGACAGUCCACCACCUUCAAGGUGGAAACCUGGGCAGAAACCAUGGAAGCCAUCUUAUGAGCGAAUUCAGGAGAUGAAAGCUAAAACAACCCAUUUAAUACCCACGCAAACUAAUUACAGUUUAAUGGUCAUUAAAGAGACUAAUACUUCUUCCUCCUACCGGAAAAGAGAAAGGAGUUCAGAUAGCGACCGAAGCGGUUAUUCCAAAUAUCGUAGUGACAGAAGCUCAGAUAGUUGGUUGAGAUCAAGGAGCAGGUCCUCUCGAAGCAGGUCAUACUCAAGAUCUUAUACGAGAUCUAGAAGUCCAUCUAGCUCCAGGACUAAAUCUCGUUCUUCUGACAGAUCACCGUCACUGAGUAAAUACCGCAGUGACAGGUCGGGUUACAGUGAGUCAACCUCUUACUAUUCCCUUAGCGAUGAUGAGAGACACAGAAACAACAGAAAAACCACAGCGAGUGAUCAAAAAACUCGAUCUCUUAAAAUGAGGCAAGAAACAAGCUCUGAAAGUACUCUCCCUUAUAAGACUCCCUAUGAUGAGUCUUCUCAAGGAUUGAAAGAGAGUGACAGUUUAUCAUCUUCAGACUUCUCCACUGGCAGUGAACGUUCUGCCAAAAUGCAAGUAGCCCAAGAAAAAGAAGGUCGUUUUCAAUUAGAAGGAGAUACUCAGAAACAGGAUAAAAAUAACGUAAGUUCUGAGAGAGGGGAGGAGAAAUCCAAACAUGAGUGGGAUUCUGAUCAUGCUAAAAAGAAAGCAGCUAAGGAGAAAUCUUCUGAGCAACCUAGAGGUGGUGCAAAAACUAAACGAAAAUCCUAUUCGAGUAGUAAAUGGGACUCUGAAUCAAAUUCUGAAAGAGGAGGGACAAGGUAUAAUAGAGGAGAUUCCAGAUUCUCCUCUAGUAAAGAAGAAGGAGAAGCCACAUCAGGGUCUGAUACAGAACUUAGCGUUACCAAAAGGAUAAAAAAACAAUCAAAUUCUUCAGAAGGCUUUCUGGAUUCUGAUGGUACCUGGAAGAAAAGCAAACGGUUGUCACCUUCUGAAUCUGAGAGUUCUUGCUCUAGCUCAACAAACGUUAGAGGAAAGUCAAAAAAACACAAACACGGAUCAAAAAAACCUGUUAAAAAAUCACAUUCCAGAAAAGCAAAAGAAAAAUCAAAAGGGAAAAAGGAGAAGAAACACAAAGUUCAGAAAAUAAAAGAAACGUUUCAUUGGCAGCCCCCCUUGGAGUUUGGUGAAGAUGAUGAUGAUGAGAUAAAUGAAAAACCAGUUACCAAGGAUGAGAAAAAAGAAAAGCAGCUUACCAGGGACAUAAAGGAUAAAAAACAAGUUUAUGAAAAAGAUGAAAUAAUCAAAGAUAAAAUGGGAAAUAGUGAAAAGUCUUGUGUGGAUGAAAAGCUUUCAGGUAAAAACAUUAUGUGUGAUAGCUCACCUGAUCGCAGUAACCUUAAUAAAGAUAGCAUCGAAACAAACACUUCAACCAGUGUUUUAAACUCAGGAAUAAAUGUGACCACUUGCAAAAAUGAGAUUAAACCAGCUGAAGAAAGUAACCAGAACGGCUUGGAAGAUGUUAUUCAGACAGAUGACAGCAUGGAGAUUUGUACUCCAGAUCGGAACUCACCAGGGAAAUUGGAUGUGGACAUUUUGUCUCCUGUCAUUCUCACUGCUAAACCUCAGGCUCUAAGUGCUAAUGUAAACAAAGAUUUACAGGUUGAGACCCCUGAACAAGAUGUUGUCAAACUAGGAAACAAUAUUAUCGACUUUCUUAAUAUUAAAGAAGAAAAAGAAAAAGAAAUAGAAAUGGGAAAGCAAGAAAGUAACUCGGUCCCUGUGUCAGGUGUUAAAGACUGUAGUUUAAAAAGUGAAAAUACUGAAAAUAUGCAAAGCAACACGGUAGAUAAUAAAUGGAAACCUUUGCAAGGUGUUGGUAACUUACAACCAGCGACAAUCAGUGCUGCUGCAGAAGUUAAGAAUGUAGCUUCAGCACCAGAACCUAAACCAGCAGGUUUAAGAAUUGAAAUAAAAGCUAAAAAUAAAGUAAGGCCUGGAUCUCUCUUUGAUGAAGUUAGAAAAACAGCACGGCUAAAUCGAAGGCCAAGGAACCAAGAAAGUUCCAGUGAGGAAGAGUCUCCAAGUAGAGAUGACAAUAGCCCAUCCAGGAGUCUCAGUAGGUCACGAAGUAAAUCUGAAUCUAAAUCCAGUCACAGAACAAGAUCCAUAUCUUAUAGUCACUCGAGAAGUCGAUCCCGAAGUUCUACCUAUUCAUAUAGGUCAAGAAGCUACACAAGAAGUCGAAGCAGAGGAUGGUAUAGUAGAGAUCGAUCAAGAAGUCGCAGUAGUUCUUACCACAGUUACGAGAGUCGUAGUCGAACCUAUAGUAGAAGUAGAUCCAGAAGUAGUUCUUACGGUCGUCACAGUCGAUCCAGCAGGUCGUACACAUACGAUAGCUACUACAGCAGAAGUCGAAGUAGAAGUAAAAGGAGUGACAGCUAUCGAAGAUCUAGAAGUUACGAUAGGCGAUCCAGAUCAUAUGGCUCUGACAGUGAAAGUGAUCGCAGUUACUCUAACAACCGAAGUCCCAGUGAAAGCAGCAGAUACAGCUGA